AUCGCCAUCAAAGUAUGUGCGGAGAGAAUCCCACGUGAAAAGGAGCUGUACAUUGAAACCGAUUCCAAAUAUGUCAUCGGAGAAACGAUAACUCACCUCAAGAAAAGGGAGGACACAGGAUACAUAGGAGCUGCAAACCGCGACAUCGCAAAGGCAACGGUUGCAGCGCUCCGCAUGCGGACCUCCAGUACGAGCAUAAAAUGGAUCAAAGGGCACAACGGGCAUGAAAGGAACGAAGGUGCUGACCGAAAGGCAGCAGAGGCGGUCCGGAAACUAGUGAGCGACGACGUGCCGCUGGACAUCACACCGACCCUACGAGUGACAGGAGCCAAACUUUCUAAGAUCACGCAGAAGUUAGCAUACCAGGCGAUAAGGGAAAUAAAAAUGAAAACGUACCGGGUACGAGAUCGCGCAAUGAGAAACGUGAACCUCGUACGGGACGCAAUCGAAUCGCACUUCGACCGGUCCCCUUCAACAGGCAGGAUCUGGAAGUCGAUCCAGAACAAAGACCUGGCAAGAGAGACACGAUACUUCCUUUGGAUGGCGAUGCACGAUGCGUAUAUGCUCGGGGACAAGUGGCUACGCCCUAGCUGUCCUGCUGAACUACGGGAACGAAGCGUCUGUGCACAUUGUGAUAAGAUCGAAACAAUGGAUCACAUACUGACGGAAUGCCAAGCUUCUGGACAAGAAGAGAUAUGGGAUCUUACCAAAAACUUAUGGAGGAAGAAG